UAUGUUCAAUGCACGAUGAAAUUGGGAAGGUUGAAAAAUGAGAGGCUGCGUCCGAAAAAUAAUAAAUUGAAAAGCUGAAAAAUGUUCAGAUGAGGAAAAAAAUUUUAACGAGGGAACCGCAUUGCUCGCAGCGCACCUUCGACGUAGACAUAACUGAGUCAAAGAUAAUAGUGACCGAUCAGUAAGGGUAAAAACGUGAAAUUGUUAGAUUUUUGGCAAAAGGGGAGCCUUGGGACAUUGAAGAAAAGUGAAAAUUAAAAAAUUUAGUAUGAACUCUAAAGUGGCACAGUAAAAAGAGCAAAGCAGAGAAGAAUAACGAUUUAUAGUGCGAAAAAUAGCCUUAUUAUGUCUCAGCCAAUCAAACGGGACACGGAGAACAAUUUGUCCGAUUCUGAGAUGAGUGCCUCUGGAGGUGCAUUCGAAUUUAGUGAUUCGAAUUCUAGUAGCAGUUCUAGUGUAAGUUCAUCAACAUCAUGCUCGUCAGAUACGGAAGAACAGCAAUUAGAUGCUCUUGAAUUGGCUAAAGUACUCAAAGAAGUGUUGCGGCUUCCUCGAGGAUUGUGCGAAAAUGCAAAAGUAUUCCAUGAAUUUUUCUCUGCAGAGACUUGGAACAUUCUUCCUGAAGCGACCCGCCAACAACUUGAGCAAUAUUUGCCGAAUUUUACAAAUUUGGUUACACCUCAAAAAGCAGCUAUUGAGAGACAGCGUACUUUGGCAAUGUUAUUCAGUGGUGAAUUAAAGCUAUUCGGUCAUUCACCACUGGUCGACUUCCAACAUGAUUUGGAGGAUGGAAACUACAGACCAGACGUGGUCCGCUUGCGAAAAAGUAUUUCUAAAUCCCGUCGGCGGGAGAAACGAUUUCAGAGAUGUGAGCGUUAUGGUCAGCUUGCAAAAGAGUUAUUUCUAUCUAGGGAACGUUUACUUCGGUCGGCCCUCAAAUCAGCUCCAGAGACGCUAUUCCGUACGGAGCGUAACAUAAGACGUGAACAAAAUAUAUUACAUACCGACACAAAGUUAUGUACAGUGCGCUCCCGUAAACGUUUUCGAAAAGAAAUCGAACAUUUAACAGAGCAGCUGGGUCUUAAAAUGAGCGAAUUAAGUGCAGAUGAGGAAGAAUUUGAACUCGAGGGCGUGAUAUCGGAUGAUUUCCAUCGUAACAUGAAAGUUGAUACAAGCUCUGCAUUGAAAACAUCAGCACCUCCAUCGGAUCGCUUCAUAUAUAGUACUUUGUUUAAGCGGCGCCAUGAACUUACGGAUGAGGAUGCCGUUCGUGCCGACCAGCAUUGGCAACAGCCGCGACUGUCGAAUAGAAAUUUUCGAACUUAUAUCCGCGAACACAAGCGUCGCAAACUUACUGAACCGACAUUACCUGACUUUGAAACUUCUGACAUUCGGUUGCGGGAUGUAUGCGCCAGAGCACAGAUGGGUAGCAAUUUCAAACAUCUCUUUGGUGUGGGCAAAACACUGGGCCGAAAACCCAAAAACAAGCUUCUAACCAAUACGGAGCCGCCGGCAUUGGUGCCUAUUCAGUCCAUUGAACGGAAUGCUGAUAAUUCUCUGUGUCCAGAAAAGGAAUCUCCCGAAAAAAUUAAUAUGCAUUCGGUGGAGACCAACCCAAAGUGCAUAAAAGAACAGCAAACAUCGCAGUUUCAACAGCAUUUGCCUGAACAUACAAGCGCCACAAUACAACAUCCAUUCCUGCCUGAAGAUGGUGCACCAUUUAACAUUUUAGAUGGUGAAGUCGAAUUACAACAAGAAGAGGUAGAAACAUACGCCACGUGUGAGGAGACCAUACCUCGGUUUGUUAUUUCCAAUGAAAUCGUUUUACCCUCUAUUGAACAGAGCGACGUACCGCCACAAAAACUAUUGCAAACACCACAUAAGGAAGAAAAUAAUCAGGCAGUUUUAAAGGGAAAAUUCCAACUAUCAGAGAAAACUGAACGGGGUAUAAUGGUUGAUCAGAACAUACCUAAGCUGGAGCCUUUUUCGGCAAUGCACAGAACAACCAUCGAAAAAAGUCGAUUGAUUCCACAGUCCAGCUACAGCCCGUGUAGUUCUUCAUCUGGCGUGGCAGCAAUAGUGAGUCCAAUUAAAAGAGCAGCACCACCAAGUAUAUCGUCUACAAAACCGAUUAGCCCAGUAAACUUUGGAGCUUCAUCAGAAUUACUCCAAGAAACCCAUGCGUGCUUCUUUUCGCUCAUACGAGAUUUGUUUUGUGCAACAUCGCUCCACAGAAUGCAGUAUAAUGAAUUGCGAUCGCGCAUCGACGUCUGGCUACGUAACCCCAUUACAGCAUUAAAUGACUGGUAUGCCCAGGCAGAUAACUGGUCCGGCCUACUAAUGUCCGCUAUAAACUUCCUGGCUGGCGACUUUGUUGACCUACCUGAAGAGUAUGUUCCAUACAUCGAGUUCAAACCACAGCAAAAUAUUUUCCAGUGGAUUGGAGCAGGCCGAGACUCUGACACACGUCUGUCAACACUCUGUAAUUUUUGGCUGCAACGCCAAUAUGAAGUGCCAGAACGGGCGCAAGCAGCUCUUUGUCCCAAUCUUACAGAAUCGUCAAGUGAUGCAGCAGGAAUAUCUACUGCUGGUCUUAACUCCAUAGAAAUGGAGGAACCUGCCAUUUCAUACGAUGGGGGCGUAUCGCCGCCGCCGCCACCACCACCGAGAUGCCCCACUACAUGGACAGUGUGUGCGGCUACAUCUGAAGAAGUCAUUGAGUUCCAGCGCCAGGAGCGCGAGCGAUUCGAGCAACCGCACCGUGCUUACACGUAUAGAAUGCACGGCUAUGAAAGCGUUGUUGGCCCAGUCAAAGGAAUAUACACACAAAUGUAUGCCUUGACUAAAGCUCGUGGACAUAGCAUGAUGAUCGGCAAUCGUCCCAAUUUCGUCACCAUACUAACACUUGUCCGCGACGCCACAGCCCGCUUGCCAAAUGGUGAGGGUACACGCGCCGAUAUUGCUGAGCUAUUGAAAAGCUCGCAGUACAUAAAUUUGAAGGAGGGCGAAAAUGUGCUACAAACAACAGUGAGUGGGGCCUUAGAUCGUAUGCAUACUGAACACGAUCCUUGUGUACGCUAUGAUCCAAAACGUAAGAUUUGGAUUUAUCUGCACCGCAAUCGGAGUGCAGAGGACUUUGAGCGUAUACACCAACAACAUCAGGGUAUAGGAAAAUCUAAAAAAGUAGUGCAUCGCAAACCUAAAACGAAAAAUUCGACCGCAGCGAAAACCCCAUCUGAAAUAGCAGACAGCAACAAUAUAAUCUCUACUGGCGACGAAGAGAAUAUUGCUGGAUCUAUAGCACCGACCAACAAUAUUUCCAAAGUUGGCACAGCCUUUUCCAUGCCUGCAUUGGUUCCAGCAAAUCCAAUUAUAGUUAGUAGCCAAAGUGCCCAAACACAGCAGAAAGUAGCAUCUGUCACAUCAAAACCAGCAGUAACACGGUCUCUUCCGGUUCCGCCACUUAAGUACAACAUACCACAGCAGAAGUCGUUGCUCAAGUCAACUAUGCAGUCGCAUCCUCAACGACAGCAGCACCAACAAACUAGUACUACUGUUGGCAUUGACACUCAAUUGCAACACAACCAGAGAAUCCAACAGCGUGUAGCAAAUAGCAAUAAGAACACUCCAACAGAAAUAAAUUCAGAAGAGGUCAAGGUCAACAAACAGUUAAAUUUAACCAUAUCACCAAACAAAUCCAACUUAUCGGUAUCUAAUACUGGUGGUGGAAAUUCUACGCCCAUUAUUGUAGCUACACCAACGGGUCUUCAAACAGUGCACGUUUCCAACGCCACUGUCCUGACAACAUCAACGGCGAACUACGUUCCCCAAGUAAUGCAACAGUCUUCCUUGACUGCAACUCUGGGUGGCAAGAAAUUGGCUCUAAACAAACCAAUAUUCAUCAAUCAAAUUAGGGGCCAAUCAGCAACGGCUACUACAUCAAAAACCAAAGUUUCUCCACAGCAAGUUUACAAGCAACAACUCAAUGUAAGCCAGCAGCAACAACAAAAACACGCACAAGGUUUUAUAAUUCCAAUAAGCAUGGCAAAUUCCAUUGCUGGCUCCGUGAGCGUAGAAUGCCAUAGUUCAGUACCAAAAGAAUCAAAUUUGCGAACAUUGCCCGUUACCUCUGGAUCUAGUGAAGGUACGACCACGAUUUACAUGGACAACGCACAGUUCAUUAGUACCUCCGACAGCACACCACAGGAACAAUUACAACAAAAGCAAACACAAGCGAAAAACAUUAUACGAUUAGUGCCAAGUAUUUCGAGCGGUGCAGUGAAAUCGAUUUUACAGUCGACUUCAGCUGGCAGUGUUGUCAAUGCCAGAAAACAGCCUGUGCAUAUUAUUGGACACCGCGUUGUGACUGGUAAUGCUGGCACAGGAGCAGGACGUGCUCAGCCACAGCAAGGUAAACAACUAGGUAACAGCGGUGGCCCGCAAACCUGUGGGGUUGCUUCGGUCGUGGCAGCAGGAAGCGGAUCUACGCUCAUAAAAAUGUCGCCACAGACAUUUGCAACCUUGCAACAAAAACAGGGCCAACAUGUUGUUGUAAAGCAGUCUCCCGCCUCCUCAUCGUCUGCAACAAACCAGCAACAUCGUGUCUAUGAUAAGACCACAUUUUUGAAAAACACUACAAUUGUUACCCAGCCUGCCACUUCAUCUUCACAAGCCAUAAGCAAAACGAUCUUUAUGCAACAAUCUCCCACCACUCCAGUCAUUCAUAAGUCAGGAAACGGUGCAACUUCCGUAGGCUCACAAACCUCAUCUGUACCUAUCUCUUCAGCUGGAAAGGUGCACACCAUUAGUGCCACCAAUCUUUCUUCGCAGCAACAACGUGUACUUCUCCAGAACUUAAAGCAACAGCAGCAUAUGCCACAAAGCUCGCAAUUAAAAUCAGUUCAAGUUGUAGCUAGCGGCCCAAGUACUCCUCAAACACAGACGCAACCGAUGGAACAAUCAAAAAUUCACCAUUUGGUAUCGCGCGCGCAAACGCUCACAGUGUUACCGUCGCUCGCAUCCAGCGGUGUUGCAGUUGGACAACAGGCGAACACUAAGGCUGUGACAGUGAUGGUUUCGCAAGCUCAAGCACAAGGUCUUCCGCGAGUAUUAAAGGCGUCCACUACGAAUGCGCAGUCCCAGCAGCAAGCUAUCACAAUAUCUACAAAUGACACUUCUGGUACAUCACCAACAUCUGGCACUCGAAUACUGACCACUUCUAGUGGUCAGAUAAUUUCUUUGGAAAGCUUACUUCAGAAACAAAGCAGUGGGGGGUCUCUAAAAAUUAGUUCAAGCGGGGGUGUUGGCACUAUUGUUAAAAAUCUACAAUCUCUCAAUGCUAUACAACAUCAACAGCAGCCUCAACUCAUAACCUCCACCGGAAAUUCAACAACCUAUACCGUAGUGUCACAAGGCAGAAGCAUAAGCACCCAGCGGGCCAACCCAACGCAGGCCUCUGAUAGCACGAAUACGCUAACAAAAACGACUCUAGUGGGUGAGGGCACCGGCCGCCUUUUGGUCUCAACUGGUGGACAGCUUAACACACCUCAAAUUGCAAAAGUCUUCGCUAAAGCAGGAACUACAAACAAUUCUGCGAAUACUGCAAAUGCAGGUGGAAAUAUUAGAGUUAUCAGAAAUGCAACCAAUGUUGGAAAUGUUGGACUUGGAGGUGGUUUCAAUAUCAGCACUUUACAAGGCAAACAAGUAGUCUUUGCCUCUAAGCCACCGACAGCGGUUGUUAAAAGCGUUGGAAACGUCGUCCAAGCACCACAUACACAAACCACCGGAAUGGUAAUUGGAGGGCAAACUGUAAAAUUGCAGCGAAAUCCUCAGCACCAAAACAAGGGCUUCAAUUCUACACCAUCCAAUGGGGGUGGCAAUGUAGGUGUACUUGCAGCAGACUCCAGUGCUCAAAUGCAAACCGUUAUAAUGGGCAAUCAAAUAUUGCGAGUCCAACAAGUGCCGACGGUGAAAACGGUCGGAUCUACCGGGUCUCCGAUGCAACACCGCGUAGCAACUUUACCAGUUGGAAGCUUUGUUGGCGGUACAACUACGUCCAGUAGUGUAGUUUUGAAUAAUGGCCCGGAAACAUCAGCAAAUACCACAACGGUGAAUUUACCUAAAACUUUAGUGCUCGGCAAUAGCGGCCAAACAAUACGUGUGCAGCAAUCAGUUCAAACAGGCCACUCCCAAUUACAGCCUGUAGCACCGCAGACCCAGCCACAGGCCCAGAUGGUUACUGUUAAGAAUACAUCCCAGCAGGGUGCAAAAACAUCAAAUGUCGGCCGUGUAGUUCUGGCUGUACAGGGUGGUGGGCAAAUAUUCCUUUCGCCUAAUUUUCAGGGCAAUACAUUAAACCUGAAGUCAUUGCAAAAUAUGAAAGUGGUUUCCUUAACGCCGCGUACUAGCACUGUUACAGGAUUGACACAGGCACAGGACAAGCAAACAACAGUGUCACAACAAAAAAGUGGAAGCAGCAACUCUUAAAGGGAGCUAGUUUUUCUGAAUAUUUAUGUUUUGUGAAUGAAUGUAAAAAAUUAACCGGUAUAAUUAUACAUUUGUAUGUACGAGACAUGAGUAUAAACAUAACUACUAAAUUAAUUGACGUAAUAGCUGCUGAAAACACAUGUAAUGUAUGACUAAUUACUCUUUUCUCAUAAGAUAUUUGGCUUACAUCAAUAUAUUCAAUAGUUCUAAUUAAUACUAUUUAAACUUAAAUAAGAAUUCAAACUUGUAAGUGAAA